AACAGCAAUUAAUAUUAAUUACCAGAUUGAAGUACUACUGCGUUGCUACUUGCAAUGGCCGAAUCGAAGAGAGGUGUGAUCAGAAUAGACGACAUUGGUGAAACAAGCCAAGGCCGCGACCAACUUGUCAUUUCCGUUAAGGAGGCACAGACGCAGAGCGGUUUAGUCCAAUCCAGUGUCAGAGAGGAAAGGUUUGAAUUGUUUGAGAAGGAGGAGAUCAGUGAAGUCCGAACAAAAUCCAAAACAUCAAAAAUACAGAAGGUUAUAUUCUUACUCCGAGAUCACAAACAUUUCGUCAAGUACUAUGAGCCAAGAGUGGUAUCAUUGGGUCCUAUCCAUCAUGGAAAGGAAAAGUAUCAGCUUGCAGAGACGUUCAAGCUUAUACUGGCAAAAGGAUUUGUCAAAAGUAGCGGCAAGACUAUUAAAGAAAUAUGCAAUAAGAUUGAGAAGAUUAUUAAGGAGCUCAGGGAGUGCUUCGAGGAGGAGGUGACGAAGACGUAUAAUGAUGUUGAUCUCGCCUGGAUAUUGGUCGUCGACGGCUGCGCAAUCUUGCAAUACAUAUACCUUGCUGUUGAAGGCAAGCUCAAAGAGUUGAAUAUAAAACAAGACAGUGUAGCCUUCUGUCAACAGGAUUUGUUCUUGCUGGAGAACCAAGUUCCCUAUCGUCUCCUCGAGAAGUUAAUGAGCCUGAGCCAGAUGAAAGAAAAGUUAGAGAAAUCGAUUGAUAAAUUCAUUAGAAUUAACCAGAAUAUGGUACAAAUGAAUCAGCAAUCGAUCAAAGAACAAGCUGGAAAAUCAGGAGAAGGUAAAAUGCCAAGCCAAGAACAAGAUGGAAAAUCAGGAGAAGGUAAAAAGCCAAUCCAAGAACAAGAUGGAAAAUCAGGAGAAGUUAAAAAACCAAGCCAAGAACAAGAUGGAAAAUCAGGAGAAGGUAAAAAGCCAACCCAUCUUCUCGACCUUCUGAGGACAAGUCUCUUGGGCCCGGCAAGAAAACCAAAGACAGAAAAGCAGCCCUCACGGACGCAGCAAAAGAACAACCCAGAUUGGCAAUCGUAUGAUUCUCAAUCGUAUCGCAACAUGCAGGAGCUUAUAGCAGCAGGAAUCCAUGUGAAGCGAAGUGAAGGUAAUUCCUUGAAAGACAUAUCUUUUAGUAGAAAAUUCAACUUCUUCCCGGGAUUCCUCUCGCUUCCUCCACUAAUAGUGGAUGACUCGACGGGGCCUAAGUUCUUGAACUUAAUAGCCUACGAAAUGUGUCUGGACUUCCAAAAUGACUUCGGCAUCACCUCGUACAUAUCCUUCCUCGAUUUACUCAUCGAUGAAGCCAACGACGUCAAGGUACUAAGGAAAGCACGCGUACUCUUCAACCACCUCGGCAGCGACGAAGAAGUGGCAAAGCUCUUCAAUGAGAUUGGCACCGACUUAGUGCCUAACAUGGGCGAGUAUAAGAAUGUCAAGUGGCAGAUUCAGGAGUACUACGACAACCGUUGUUUGAAAUGGAUAGGUGAAUUCUUUCACAAUCAUUUCAGCAGCCCCUGGACGGUGCUUGCUUUUCUUGGCGCAUUAUUCGCGCUUGCUCUGAGUGCCACUCAGACUUGGUACGCAGUGGACUCUCCCCCCGGGCCCUGCGAUAAGUUCUGCGAGAAAUUCGAUCAAAACUUACGAAAGGGAUGAUCGAAGCUGGUACUCAUAAUAAUUAAUUUGUUCUUGGUUUUCUUUUGCAUGCAUCUAUGAUCAUCUUAUCUAAAGGAAAUGGCUUCUUUGCCUCGAUAGGGCGGUUGUUAAGAGUUCUGCAUUUGUCAUGAUUUCGCAUAUGGUCAUUCCUCCUAAGACCAUGUUAAUUAGUGUAUUGAUUUGUUUGUUUUGGUUGUGCAACGUCGUGU